GUUGCUGAUUCUGGCGCAUGCGCAAAGGUACUUGCGACAGCGAAAAUAUCAAGAUGGCGGACGGAGUGGCUGUUGCGUUUCAGAGAAGUUUCGAAUUUACGCUCUUUUAGCUAUUUAGAUUCAAGUCAAACCUAGCGACACAUACCUCAACAUUCGUCUUUUCUGAGGCCCACCAAACGUAAGUUGGAGCGAUGGAGUGUUAUCUGAAGUGAAGAACGUAGACGACUACUGCUAUGCUAGGAUGGCGACGUCCGGUAAAAGAGAAAGUGAAAGAGAAUCAGCGCCACCAACUUCCAGCAAAUCACCAACGGAGAUAAAGAUGAGAACUGCAGAUAAAGAUGAGCGACUGGGGUUUUCCAACAAUGCAAUUUUGGAGGCAAUCGUACGCUCUGAAAAGAGCGUUGAGGAGAAAUUAGCCGACUCUGUUGAAGAAUGUAAACAAAGAGCCGCCAUGAUUGUUAGCUUGAAGAAGGCAGUGGAGUUAAAAUCAGAGGAGAUGAAAGAAUGCAAAAGUCAAAUGAAGAAAGUGGAAGAGCAAAACCAGCGCUUGUGUAAAGAAAUUAAUGAUUUGAAAGAAGAGAUGUUGGGGAAGAGUAAGAGAUGUGCAGUGUGUGAAGAGAAGACUGGACCACAUGUCUACAUCAACCUGCAGAGGAUUGGAGACGUCCAGCAGCUGAUUGGCUGUCCGGACCAACUUCCCCCUCAGUCGCCCGGGGGGAGCACCAUUUUGAAGGAGGAGGUUCCACAGCCACCCCACGUUAAAGAGGAAGAGGAGGAACUCUGGAUCACUCAGAAGGGAGAGUGUCUUCCAGGACCGCAGGAGGCUGAUCUCACCAAGUUGCCACUGACUGUUGUCUCUGUGAAGACUGAAGAUGAUGAAGAGAAACCACAACGAAACAACCUCUUAACGCCACUCUCAGACGUCCAGCAGCUGAUUGGUCAUCCAGAAGAACUUCCUCCUCAGUCAGGAGGGAGCUCCACUUUGACGCAAGAGACUCUACAGCCACCCCACAUUAAAAAAGAAGAGGAGGAACUCUGGAUCACACAGGAGGGAGAGUGUCUUCUCGGACCGCAAGAGGCUGAUCUCACCAAGUUGCCACUGACUGUUGUCUCUGUGAAGACUGAAGAUGACGAAGAGAAACCACAACCAGACAACCUCUUGGCUCCACUAUCACAUAGUGAGGCUCAAAAUGAGAUUGAAGUAACUUUGAGCAGCGAUACAGACUGCGAAGGUGAUAUGAGGACUCAAACUGACAACAAACACUCCGAAUGCUCUAAAAUGAAGACAGUUAAAAAAGGUUUUCGCUGCUCAGUUUGUGCUAAAAGCUUUACUGAAAAGAGCAAUUUGACUCGACACAUGAGAACACACGCAGGGAAAAAAACAUUUAACUGUUCGUUUUGUAGUAAAGGCUUUACUCAACAGAGCAUUUUGACUGCACACAUGAGAGCACACAAAGGAGAUAAGAUAUUUAUCUAUUCAGUUAACAACAAAAACUGUAAAUGCUCGGUUUGUUCUAAAAGCUUUAAUAAUAAGUACAGUUUGAAUCGACACAUGAGAACGCACACAGGGGAAAGACCAUUUACUUGUGCAAUUUGCGGUAAAAGCUUUUCUCUAAACAAGCAUUUGACUGAACACAUGAGAACGCACACGGGAGAAAAACCAUUUACUUGCUCAGUUUGCGGCGAACGCUUUUCGCAAACGAGCAAUUUGUCCACACACAUGAGAACUCACACAGGAGAAAAACCGUACACUUGUUCUGUUUGUGGUAAAACCUUUUCUCUGAAGGGUAAUAUGACUCAACACAUAAGAAGACACACAGGGGAAAAAAACGUUCAUUGUUCAGUCUGUUGUAAAAGCUUCACGACAAAUUGCUAUUUGAUUCGACACAUGAAAACCCACACUGGACAAAAAGCUUUUAGUAGCAGCGAAAGCCAUUCCCAAACGAGCCAUGUGGCACAAGACCUGCGAAAACGCACAGGGACAAAAACCUUUAACUGUAUAGUUUGUGGUCAAAGCUUUACUAAACUCAUCAGUUUCAUUCAGCACAUGAGAAAAUACACUGGAGAAAAAAUAUUUAAUUGUCCAGUUUGUGGUAAAAGAUUCCAUCAUAGUUCAGAGGCAGACCGACACAUAAGAACACACACGGGGGAAUAACAGAUCAGCUGUUUAGUUUGUGGCAACAUCCACCCAAACCCAGGAACUCCUCACUGCUUCUUUUACAAAUAGCAGAUCAUUUUGUAUAAAACGAGAUUAUCCAUCUAUUUUAUCCUGCUUGUCCCUCUCAGGGUCUCUGUGUCUUCUGUCCAUCUAAAACUUCCCUAAAAAGUCAGAUGGAUGACACCUGUAGUGCUUGGUUACUACUCCUUCAGACGUGACACAACGGAUUAUUCUAGCUGGGGAGGAAUUGUAGUCUUCUUCGAUGGUGCUUUUACCUGCCUGAAACCACACCUUCCACGUCGCCUGGUGGUCACGUUUUGUGUCUGCAGACCACCAUGAGAGGACCACUCGGUGUAUAAUAUCUGAGCACAUUGACACUAUCCAAGAACUCCACCCAAAGUCUAAAAUGAUUUUUCUUAGGGAUCUGAUCACCUUGUUGCUGUUUCGAAGGGCGUGUUGUUGCCGUAUGGUGUUUGUGUGGUGUAUGGUGGUGUUUUGUUUCGCUUUGUUAUUAAAAUAA